UUUAGCAUAUUGAAUAGCGAGAGAGAUAACAUUAGGAUGGAGAAGGUAAGCGUAAGCCACAUGAAAAGGGGUCUCCCACUUCUCAAUCGCACAAACACCUUUCUUCAGUUUAAGCAGUUAACUUCCUCUCUCAGCUUCCCAACCCAAAACCCAAAAUCCCUUCGACUCCGCAGACCCAAAUCCUCACUUUCGGACGGUACCUUUUCGUCUUCGGUUGCUGCCACAGACUCAUCUGUUGCGGUGAAGAAGAAAGCAGCAGAUGUAUCUCCUGAGCUGAAAGGGACCUCUAUAUUUCUCACUGGUAUGAAAAGCUCUCUCAAAAUCGGUUUGGGGAAGCUGCUGGCUGAUGCAUUAAGAUAUUAUUAUUUCGACAGUGUGGUGGAAGAAGCUAUAGGGGGCGCUUCGGCCGCAAAAUCCCUUAGAGAGAGUGAUGAAAAAGGCUUCUUUGAGUCUGAGACUGAAGUACUGAAGCAAUUGUCAUCCAUGGGAAGACUAGUGGUUUGUGUUGGAAAUGGUGCUGUUCGAAGUUCCACUAAUCUGGCACUUCUGAGACAUGGGAUUUCAUUGUGGAUAGAUGUGCCUCUAGACAUUGUGGCUAGGGAUGUAAUUGAAGAGCAGGGUCAAUUUGCUUCUUUUGAAAUAUCUGCUACAGGAUCAUACCCAGAGGUAAAGGAUGAAGUAGGUGUUCUAUACAAUAAAUACAGAGAUGGAUAUGCUACAGCUGAUGCUAUUAUUUCAGUUGAAAAAGUAGCAUCUCGGUUGGGUUAUGAUAACUUAGAAGAAAUUACAAGAGAAGACUUGACUUUGGAGGCUCUUAGGGAGAUUGAGAAGUUGACCAGAGUAAAGAAGAUGAUAGAAGAGGCUGCAAAACCAUUUUAACCAACCCAGACAUGCCCCUUUACCUGCGAUCAAAUUCGACAGUC